UAACAAAAGGCAGAAUUGGUCAUCUAAUAUAAGAAAGUUUAUUGGUCAUGAAGUAGUACAUACAAGUAGUACUCAUCAAUUAUUUCCUACUCGUUAUUAUUGCUUGCAAGUAGUAGAGCAAUAACCUUUUUUCCUUUAUCUCCUUACAACAAGCUUAAGUGUUCAUAAUAUUUGUUUUUUAACUUAAUUAAUUAGCAAUUAAUCAUCAUGGCCAAGUCUUGUUCUAGUGAAAAGAACAAUAAUAAUGGAUUGAAGAAGGGUCCAUGGACUCCGGAGGAAGAUCAAAAACUCAUUGAUUACAUUCAGAAACAUGAGCAUGGCAAGUGGCGAACCCUUCCUAAGAAUGCAGGAUUAAAGAGAUGUGGAAAAAGUUGCCGGCUAAGGUGGGCUAAUUACUUGAGGCCUGAUAUAAAGAGAGGAAGAUUCUCAUUUGAAGAAGAAGAAAUGAUCAUCCAGUUACACACUGUUUUGGGAAACAAGUGGUCUACAAUUGCUGCUAAUUUACCCGGAAGAACAGAUAAUGAGAUUAAGAAUUAUUGGAACACUCACAUCAAGAAGAAAUUGUUGAAGAUGGGGAUUGAUCCAAUAACUCAUAAGCAAUCCAAGAGGAAAAGUACCUAAAUCUUGUGAAUUGGGAAAAGGAAACACAGAAAACAAGUUCCGCUCUUUUCCAUCUCUCUCAGGAAAUUCAUCAAACACAUGGUAAGCAUAACAAUACUGAAGCGAGACAAUCUCUCAAGCAUGUUCCUCCAACAACAAUAACAACACAACAAUAGUAACAUUAAGUUGCAAGUCUCUCUUUGCACAAUUCUCAUAUAGAAAAUUUAGUCAAUAGCCAAACCAAGGCAUGCCAAGUUGAUAAUAUUCCUACUUCUGUAUCAAUGGACAAUGAUGAUGAAUAUUAUCAACAUGAUAAGAGACACACAUACCUGUAAUGCAGAAGACAGUACCACUAAG